UGAUUUGAGCGCAAGGGAGACACACAUACCGGCGCUCCGGAUUGGACAAAGGGGCUGCAACACAUGAUAUUUAAACGGUAAUAGAUUAGUCUUACAUUUACCUUUGACAAAGGCGCUUGAGUAGCGCCGAAACGUACGUUAGGUCCUAUGCUUUUUUUCUUUUAAUCACUGCACGGUUGUUUGUGCUCACGGGGGUGUGGGGGAGCAAUGGCAUGGAGGACUGUAUGGAGUAUUAGUAUCUAGAUAGAACAGUUAGAUUUUUUAGAGGAUCACAAUUUAGCUAUAUUCAGAGUUAGCUCUCCCUUGUAUUGAUACAUUCUAACCAACCAAGGUUCCUUUCUCAGUUAUCUUUUCGGAUACUUUAGCAAAGGACACUCUCUCUUUUUUUUUAUCCAUUUCUAUUUAGAUACUUUUUUUCAAGUUUCCAGCAUUAUACCUUAGAGAUGUCUAUUGCAUCUAUUAUAUCCUCAAGAUCCAGCUUUAAUCCUCUAUUAGGAUAGAUUUUUCCUUAUUAGCCUAUAGACUAUAUGAACUCUUCUUUCCAUAUUUUCAAUCAGUAUAUAAGUUUAUCCUAAUUUUCUAUCUAUAUACUUCCGCUCCUAUAUGAGACCAGGAUCCCACCUGUGGUUUUUAUUAGAUGUGAUUUAUUUUAUACAAGUUUAAUUUUCCUUUUGUUUUAUUUGGGGAAUGUAUACCUUAUAAUAAAGGUGUUUUUUAUUUCAACCCUCUUUGGUGCUCCCAGGCUUGUUUUGCUAGGGAUCACCUUUAGUGUAAGUCUUUGCUCUAUAUUUAAGGGUUACCCCCUAGAAAGGGUUUGUGGACACACUAUAGAUCCCGUUAAUCGGGAUUCUGAUAUUUCUGUUUAUUCAGGAGCCAAGCCAAAGUUCAAGGGAACAGAGAUCAGAAUAGUCAGUAAGAAAGCCAAGGUCAAAUUACACAAGAAACCAUACCAGAAAUAAUUAAUAAAUAAAUAACCGUACUCUAAUAAUUACAGACCCGGCCGCUGUGUGAAGGGAGGAGUGGUUGUCAGUGGAUAGCAGGCAUUGCAGGAGGAGGUACGAGAUUGGCAGCAUUCCCAUUACCACGUUGGAAUGCUGCCACAUCAAGAUGCACCCACCGGGUCCCAGUCAGCUUCCGGGCGGGCGCCUAGAGACAGGAUGCCCUUGCGAUGUGAGAAUGCCACCACGAUGAGACGGCGUAACAUAUACUUGCUUACCUCUCCCAGGGCCUCCUCCCUCUGGAAGUGUCUGACUGAUCUAAGUUCCUAUAGUUUCUCUGGUAUAGGGUUCUGUUUAUGUUGGGCUUCUGCUUUGCAGAGAGCUUUCUAAAGUUGAAACAAUCUUUAUUUAUUUAUUUUCUAUAUGUAGCUAUCUUGAUAAGUGAUCCACAGAUGACUGCCUUGUGAGCUGCCCAUACCAUGGUUGAUGACAUACUAGGGGUGAAGUUGGUUGUGAAACAGUCUUUUAUUUUCUGCUUAAUCUGUUCCACUAAUGCCUUGUCGCUAAGAAGAUAAUUAUUUAGACUUAAACAUGAUUGGGAUGUCAGCAUGGUCUGACCAGGAGAUCAAAUUGAUCUCUAAGGUCCCCAAAUUCUUGCCAGAAGGCAUUAUCAGCUACUUACAGAGCAUAUACAUUAAUGAGGUGAUAUGUAGUGGAUGGUACCAUCCCCAAACUGCUAUGUAUCUACCUUCUUUGUCUGUCUUUACACAUGGUAUCUGGAACGAGCAUCGUUUAUGGAAUAAGAUCUCAACUCCGUUCCUCUUUGCUAUGGAUCUGAAAGCAAGUGUGGUAAAUGAGUCUCUUGGAGGAAAGCAAUAUCCGUCUUUUGUCUUUUAACUUCCCUAAGAAGUCUGCACUUGUUGGGGACAUUAUAACCAUUAACGGUCCGAAAUGUAAUUUUAAGUUUCAUGUUGUAGGUGUAAGUAUAAUGUUAGUGUUUGUUUGUGGACUUAUGAUUUCCUGUCCAUGGAUCGUGAGAUGUGUGGUCCGCCAAUGUUCGGCUGUCUCACGUAACCUCUUUGUGUAUCGUCAUCUCAGCAGUCACCCCUUAUUCUGGUAGAGUUUGUCGAGCAUAGGGGAAUAAAAAGUAGGAUGAGAUAGAAAGGGUAGUAACUGAAAUAAAAAAUAGGAUAAAGCUGUAAAUGCCAACAUAAUGCCAGGCUUAUCAAAUGCCAGACAAAUUGGCGGCUGACCCUUCUUUGCCCCUAAGUGGAAAUUCACUUGCGAUGAGAGAAGCUGCAGCCGCCAAGCUCCACGCCCAAGACCAUUUACACCUGUGUCUCCCACCUGGCUCCCUGCCCUCUCCCUGGAAACAGCAGUCAUUCCCUGCCUCUCAUGCCUCAUCUUAUUUUGUGUAACCCACCAUCACAUACAGGAACCAGUCUCCUCCACCCACCAUGAUCUGCACUCCAUCAGGGUGAUUGCCUACAGAAAGGUGCACCUAGGAAAGUUAGUAGUCUCGGUCUAAUAACUAAGGAGUGGGCUAGAUGUAGUCUAUAUAGUUAGGGGUUGUGUCUUCGGCACAGUAGAUGUUAGAAUUGCGUUGUCAAUUGGUAACAUUAUUGACCGUAUAUGGUCCCCUUUCAAUUUUCAUGGUUGGUCAUUGUCGUGUUUGUGCUGUCUAUCUUGUUACUUGUUAGUUAUUUAUGUGGUUCUGUAAAGAUGUAUCCCCUUGUGCCACUUUUGGUUGUUGUAUCUCUAUAGGUUUUCCUAUCUCUUCCACUCUUCCUAGUUAUCUACCCACUUCCCCCUCCCCCUCUAAUCAAAGUCAUGGAUUGUGCAUCGUUAGGUGAUCUUGUGUGUGGCCUAUGUCUCUGUAUUCAGUUUGGGUGUAGACCCUAUAAAAACCUGCUGCAGUUAUGGGUAGGUGUUUUGAGUAUGGCCAGCCUCCUGUGGAUUGCCUGUUUCGUGGUGCUGCACACCUAAUUCCCCUCCAAGAGUCAUUUUUUCAGCCCUUGGACAUAAAGCUUGUUUUGUCCUGGUCAUAAAGCAUUUUACAGCAAUAGAUUUAGCUCUUUCCCCCUAUUGGGUGGUCUGCGUGCCUGUGACAUAGGUUCAGUGUCCAAGUAGGGCUGCAAAACAAAAUUAAAAAAAACACCAAAAUCUGCUCAAAAUCUUUCUUUGGUGAAGUAGCUACAGCUUAUGAGUUUCUAGGGCAUUUGCUGUCUUGUCAUCAUUAUGGUUCCAUAGGUUCCAUAAACAUUGGUUUGGGGUAUGCAGCAUGAUCGGUCCCUCUCUUCACUGGGCGGUGGGUGUCUGGUUAGCGGUCGUAUACAGCAGUCUCAGUUAAGUCCAUGUGAUACUGGUCUUGGGGUACAGUGGCGGCGUUGAAGUCGACUUUUCUAGUUUUUUUUCAUUUUGAAUCAUCCAUUGAAAGAGAAGCACUCCCAUCUCUGUUGUUCCUGUCUCCGGUGCAAUGAAUCCCUCUGGGAUUUCUACCAGCAGAGCUCACAAGAACUGCUUUAGGUCACAAUGCAGCAUGAGAACCUUCGGACGUGGACCUUUAAAAACCAACAUCUUAAAAGGGAAACCACAAGCAAAUCUCAGGUCAUUAGUUUUAAAAAGGUUGGUUACUGGUUUCCAUUCUCUUCUUCUCACCAACGUAGACAGAGCAACGUCUUGAUUUAUUUGCAGGUUGAUUGCAUUAUGUACAUAAGGAGUAUGCUUUUGCAUGAGAACUGCUUUUGUGGUAUAGUAAUGGAAAUGCAAGAUAACCUCUCUGGCUGGGCUUCCCUUUGGUCCUUUGGCUCUAAGGGAUCUGUGUAUCUUGUCAAUAUGCUAGUAUUGUUCUGGCAGACUUUGUUUAAAGCACCCCAGUAGGACCGUUUCCAGAUCUGAGUAUAGGACAGUCUCAGGCAAUCCUCUGAUCUGUUCGUAUGUUCCAGGUUCAUUUCCACAUCAUUGAGUCUGGUCAAUAAAGUGUUAGUAAGGGUAGUCUCCAUUGUGAGCCAUUACUAUGGACUCCAUGUGCCUUUCUAGUGUUUUGGUUCAGGUCCCCACUGCUUGGAUCUCCACCAUUGCCUCCCUCACGUCGAUCCAGAUGAAGAAGAGCAGCCUGUGCUAUCUGUGCGCUUGUGGAGAAGUCCUAUAGAACAGGAGCAUGGUGGCAACCAAGUGGGUAUAAGUGGUUGAGGGCAUGAGACAAAAUGUGAGGACAAAAAGUGAGUGGAGUGACAGGAGUCCACCAAGGGAUGGUUUGGAAAGGUGGUUGAGGAUUAAAUCAUAGCUUGGCGUAUGACAUAAGGAAGAGGGACUCCUGUCAUGCCAUCCUAGGUUAGUGGCAUGGUGUCCCCAACAAGUUUGCCAACAGUACAGAGUGAGGGCAUCAUUAGAUGUGCUUCAGCUGCACAAAGUACUCUUGGGACAUUGUGCCCAUUGGUAGAUGAGUAAUGCUAAAGAUUGACUAUUAAAUCUUGUAAAAAAAUAAGGUGCUGGCUUAUAUAUCACCAGAUAAAAAAACAAAACAAAAAAAACACGCAAACCUUUCAUGUAUAGCAAAUAAAUGUAUACAUGUGAAGUAUUUAGGAGUAUUAUUAUUAUUGCCAUUUAUACAGCGCCAACAGAUUUUGUAGCGCUUUACAAUAUUAUAAGAGGGGGGGAUUUAGCUAUAAAUAGGACAAUUACAAGAAAACUUACAGGAACAAUAGGUUGAAGAGGACCCUGCUCAAACAAGCUUACAGUCUAUAGGAGAUGGGGUGUAAAACACAACAGGACAGGAAAAAGACAUCAUGGAGUGAAGCAGAGCUGGAGGAGAGAGAAGAGUGCUGCCCUUUAGGAGAGAGCAAGAGACAGGUAUGUGAAGUAGAGGUUACUCUGGGAUGCCAUAAGCUUUUCUAAAAAGAUAGGUUUUAAGGCACUUUUUAAACGAUUGAAGACUAGGGGAGAGUCUGAUGGCGGUAGGCAGGCUGUUGCAUAGGAAGGGAGCCGCCCGCGAGAAGUCCUGCAAGUGUGAGUUGAGUGUAUGGGUGUAGUGGACAGGAGAAGGUCAUGGGCAGAGCGGAGAGACCGAGGAGGCAUACCUAUGGAUCUGUGAAGAGAUAUAAGAGGGGCUAGAAUUGGUCAAUGCUUUAUAGGUAUGGGUUAGCAGGAAGCCAACACAGGAAGCCAAUGUAAGGACUGACAAAGGGGUUAGGUGUAAAAGGACCAACUAGAGAGGAAAAUCAGUUUGGGCAGACACUUUAAAAACAUGUCUAUAUACAAAUUUUAUCUGUUUUUUUUUUACAUCCUAUUUAUAACAAUGUGUAAUUUUCACAUUGACUAGAUAUUUUGGAGUUAUUUUAAACUAUUUUAAAGUAUUUUUAUUUUAUAUAGAUAUGUUUUCAAAGUGUGCUCCCAAACAUUUUACAUGAACACAUUUAUUUGGUAUACAUGAAAGGUUUGCUUUUUUUUUUUUGUAAUCUGGUGAGGUGCUGCUAUUCUAAUUACGCUUUUUUUGUUUUAAGCACCACAGAAUAAUCUUGUAAAACCUAUUAGAGCAUUCAGGCAAUGGCAAACUGAGUGUUUCGGUAUGGCUGAAUGGUUAUCGCUUCUUAAAACCAGCCUGAACUGUAUUCACACCAGUUUGUGCCAGUCUGGAGUGCAUUCACACAAGGCUGAAACUCCACUUUUUUGGGUGGCCCCAUUUCCAAUCAGCCUCUUCAACCUAUUGUUCCCGUAAGUUUUUUGUAAUUGUCCUAUUUGUAGUUAAAUCCCCUCUCAUAAUAUUGUAAAGCGCUACGGAAUCUGUUGGCGCUAUAUAAAUGGCAAUAAUAAUAAUAGCCUGCUACCUCGAAUUGACACCUUGCAAUGUUGGAAUAUAUGAAAUAGAGGUAUGAGGUUGACAGAGGUAUUGUGUGCAAUUCAUGUGAAAGAGGAACCUGAGGCUUAGGCUUCAAAUUGAUGUCAAUGGAGGUAGAGAAGCACGGCAAAUACAAUGAGAUUAGUGGCAUUAGUAUGGCAGUGAAAGGGGUAAUGCCAUGGACUGAGGAAAAGGAAAUGCAGUAAGGGGCAUCAUAUACCAAAUAUGUCCCCCAAUGUAAUAAGCUGCACUCCAAAUGAUAAAACUGGGGCUAAAAUGGCUGAUAUGGAAACUAAAUUCAAAUACAGCUUAGUUGUGAUGACAUCUUAGUUGCUAAUUUGCCAGUCUACAACUCUCUUGACGGAUAGUGUGCCUCUGUCAAAACGUGUUUCUCACCCCCCACACUCCGUCAUGGCCACCACAGUCCUGAUAGACAAUCAUUGAAGUAAAUCACUGGACGCAAGCACUCCCUUUCACCGCGCAGCUGUCACUGUUGCUAUAGUAACAGCAUUGCCCCUCACUCACUGUUUCCGAACGUGUAAUACAGAUCCCGCCUUUCUACAUCCUGAUUGGCUGGCACGUUCUGACACUUUCACUUCCGGGUUCCAGGCGAGGCUUCUGUCAGGAUAAUUAUAAGUGGGUUGGAUUGUCUCCUGCGCUGCUUUUUUUUUUUUUUUUAAUUUUAAAUUUAAACCUUUGUAUUACAGCCUAAAACAUGGCCUUUGUCUUUAUACUAUGGCGGUAGUGACCAGUAAUUACUAUUUUAUUUUAUAGUUCUCUGUGUUACUUCUUUGUGAUUGUUUACAGUUUAUUGAGAGCUUUCAUUUCACGUGACAGCACUCUCAGAAAUUGUUAUUGUUCUGCCCUGGUGCUAUUAUUAAGGGUAUUUCUAGUCCAUUGGCCACGAUGUAUUAUGUUUCUGCACUCUAUGGGUAUUACAUUAUGUGUGAUAGGUUACUAACUCUGCUGCCUGUAUUUCCCGUCUGAUGCUUCCUGAAUUUCUAAGGCAUUAAUAGCUUAUUUUCUCUUUUUUAUUUGUCUCAGACAGUGCUAUUAUUUAUUGUUCCGAGCUGUCCUUGAUUGCCCUGUCUGUACAUCGCAUGUCUUGCCCAUACUCAUGCUACAGUUAGUCAUCAUGAGUAACACUACAGAUUCCGGAUCAAGUAAUGUAGCUGCUGAUUCAAUGGGAGGAAUUGUGCUGGUGCCAUUCUUCCUUAUCACUGUAGUGGGUGUCGUAGUGGCUGUGGUGAGUGAUACAUCUUUAUUUUUACGUUACGCAAUCUUUAUCCGACAAGACAUUACCUUAUUUGAAAGGAAUACUAUAGUGCUAGGAAUACAAAGAUUGAUUCCUAGCAUUAUAAAUCCCUCUGCGCCAACCCUCCCUCCCCCCCACUCCCUGCACUGUAAGUGAUAAUAAUCCCUUACUAUACUUACUCGAUUCCAGCGCUGAUUUUACUCCAUCUCAGAAACUGCAAUAGUAUUGCAGGGUUAAGGGGACAGACAUUGCAUCCAGACCUCUUCAAUAAGAUGAAGUGGUCUUGGUGCAUAUGAUGUCCCUUUUAAAGAGACCAGUAACAUGUGUGAUCAACACGCUAUUUUCUUGCUUUGCUUGAUCAAGGGGAAAUACAGCACUGUGAAAUCGUAACACUCAUUAGUGAUUUGCGCUGAUUAAAUAAUGCUGAUGUCACAGCUAAAGCAGAAUUACAUCUAGCACACUUAUCAAAACAUCUAUUUAAUUCAAACAACAAUCAAAACCUGAUUUUAAUUGACUCCUGUUUUUUCAGUACUAAUUGUGGCCGAUCCAUAAAUGUUUUCAAGAUGGUCAUUAACUGAAAUGUGGAUUAUCAGGAAUUCAAAAUUAUUUUUUAAAAUUUUAGACCAUAAUUGCCUAAUUACACACAUUUUGCAGUUAGCUUUGUUUUCAGUUUUAACUGUAUUGGCCUUUUAAUAUGAAAUGCAUGUUGAAUUCUUGGCCAUUCACAUUUUAGUGAAUAACUUUGUGGAUAUGUUUCACUUUGUGCUUUAUCCCAUCCAGUUUAGAUCACACAUGUUAUGAAUGUAGCAAUACAUAAUCAAAGCUCACUGAACAAAUACAUGGAUCGCUUUCGUAUAGUUGGUAACUGACUUUGCAGGCAUUAGCGUCCGCACAUUUAGGAGUCUGCAGAUUUAAGUAGUAGUAGUUGUUGUUUUCAGCUGCUGUCCUUGAAGGAACACUAUAGCGUUAGGAAUACAAAUGUGUAUUCCUAGCACAAUACUGCCCUAGUAAACUUUUUAAUUUUACUUACCUUUUCUACCUUGCAGCCCUGGUCUCGUGGUGAUGCUCUGCCUCUUUGGCUGAGAUCAUCGAAAUUGAUGAUCUCCGACAAUGAUUUGUAUUGACCCCAAAUAUACUUGUAUAAUGCUCUCAUAGUCCCUCUGAGGCACUGUUUUUUCUAACCUAAAGAGAUUUAAAUUUGUUCCCCUUUCGUCAUAACAAAAAUGUUCCAUUCCUUUUUUUAAAUGUGUUGGCUGCCUCUGCACUAGUGCCAUAAUAUCAUUCCUUAGAACAGGUGUCCAAAAUUGCACAGAAUAUGAGAGAGAGAGGGGAAAAAAAACAAGCGAACGUGGGGGGGAGGUGAGAGUCCACUAAGGGAGGGGGAUGUGAGGAGAACGUGGGGGGAGAGACCACGGAGGGAGGGGGUGGUGGAGAGACCACGGAGGGAGUGUGGGAGGCUAAGAGGAGAGACCACGGUGGGAGGGUAAGAGGAGAGACAACUAAGGGUGGGGGGGACUUUGGAGAGACAACUAAUCGAAAGGGGGGAAGAGGAGAGACGACUAAUGGAAAGAGGGGAGAAGAAUCCCGUACAAGUGGGGCUUCCUCUUUAGUCUUCAGGCCCGGGUGGACAACCUGUGACAUGUGCUCAGAUGGCCAAAUGAUAUUCCCCGGUUUCUCCGGAGCGCCAGCCUCCCUCAUGUCGCCAUCCCGAAUUGGAUCCUGGGGGGCCCGCCGGCAAGAGCUGUGGGCCCAUCGGAAGCAGCACAUAACCUUCUCCCGGAACAGGAGCCAAAACGCCGCAGAGGAGGGCCGAAUGGCCCUGAAGAGUAGCAGCUGUCUGCCGGUCCCGGUCGGCGGGCACCCGGGGGGCCGCCGGGACUCCCAUCGGACCUUUGGCUCCAUUAUGGCGGGAUCAAUGGCGGCCCGGUCGUGAAAUCUGGACCUCCCUGGCCGGAGUAUGUACUGUGGUGGACAGGUCAUCGUGGAAGUUAGCUAAUUGGCGGGGGGGCCAGCAGCUAGGUGGGGUGGGAAGGCUCCACGGGUUUGGGGGUUUUAUUGUUGGGGUUAUCGGGAGGGAUCCACUGGGCUGGACUGGGCCUGUGGGACUGCAGGGACCGGUGGGGACCGGCGGACGAUGGUGGUGCUUGGGGACAUGUGCUGCUGUCUUCUUUUUUUUUUUUCUUUUCUUUUUGUGGGGAGGGUGGUGGGGGGACGACAGUGGGUGGUUUUGCCUAGCUAGGCUGCUCGGAUGGGGGUUUGCAGAGGGGGAGGCUCCAACGUCCAGCGUCUCUCUCACUUAAUUUGCAUAUUCGGGAGCGGGGCAAGGGUCAACCACGGAGGAUGCUCCCGCAGGGACUGGGGGAUUCUGAGCUGGGAGCAAGGGGGGGGUCUCUGGUCGGAGGCGGGGUGGGCCUGGUGUGAGGUGGGGGUGUGCAAGGGGGUGCCAGACGGAGGGGCAGGGGGAACGGGGUGUAGCGGUUUCUCCCAGGGGCAUAGUCUCUCGGGGGGGAUGGAGAGACCCACACCACGGUAAAUUCUCUGACCAGGGGGAUGCCACUUGGAGGCUCACGCUGGGGGUCCCCUUGCCGCCCCUAUAGGCCCCCACCCCAUGAGAUCUUGUCCCAAACAGUGGGAGGCCCCACGCCGCGUGCCUGCAGGCCCCAGGCGUGAGAUACGAAUCCCACUUUUACACCUGCCCAGAGUCUCCGGUAGGGGGAGAUGGAGUUCACUGGGAACCCGGUGCCUAGAGGCGAACUGCAGAGGGUUGCUGGGGAGAGUCCUUACGGACAAAAUUAGUCCUAUCAAGAGUGGGAGGGGUGGGGACCUUUGACAAGUUGAUGGCCCUCUUUGGAUGCGGGCUAAUGCCUCGGGGGGGGUUAUGUGCAUACAGACGCCCCGCGGGUUUCUGUGGGAGACGGUUCACAUAGUUUUCCUCAGGUUAUCUUUACCCUAGCAACUGGAUACUCGCAUACAUGACACACAGGGAGGGUACUGACGGAAACUGGGACGGUUCCGACCACCACAUGUUACGGUGACGUCAAUACAGUAAGUGGCCUUAUUGUUCCCCACUGUGACAGACCCUCAUUGUAAAUAGAGCCGGGGUUCCUCACGCGGGCAUAUUAUCCCCGGGGGAGGGACACAUACUCCCGGCUAAGGGUCGACGUUGCCCCCGGAGGGCGGUGAGACUACUUCCCACGACUACUAGUAAUAGACCUUCCCACUUUUUCCCACGCCCCACACUUCCCCCUGUGCCGUGGCGGGGUCGCCCCAUCGACGCAGUGAUGGCUCCCGGUCGGGGCUUCGUUCCGGCGUGGCCUAACAAUGUACAAGGGCUUAACACGCCCGAAAAAUGAUCACAUUUGCUAAGGCAGCUCUGGGCCUUUCCAACAUUUGGCGUCCCAGAUGGAUCCGAUGGGGAGGUACCUAUUCCUUAUUCUGGCCUAUACUGCCCAAAUAGGGAGCAACACACCUUCCUAUCCCGGACGCUUGCCAAAUUAGAGAGAUUGAGGGCACUUACCUUAAACUUGUUGAGGCACGUAGGGAAAGGAAAACUAUUAUGUCGCAGGGGCUGCUGCUCACCGCGAGGAAGGCCGCUAGGUACUAUUACGAACACUCCAAUAAGUGCGGGAGGCUAUUAGCACGGAUGCUCCGAGAGAAGCGCAGGAUGCAACAUGUCCAUAAAAUACGCACGGGGGGGGGACACAUUACACGCCUCCCAAAUGGCAUACUGACCGCGUUUCAGGAGUACUACGCGGCACUAUAUGACCAAACACAACGCCGCAUGGCAUUGGAGGAACGACGACACAAGGAGAGGAUUGUAGCGUACCUACAAACCCAUGUUGCACGCAGACUCUCCCCGGAGCAGGAGGUGGACCUGGAGGUACCUUUGACGGUGGAGGAACUUUCGGGAGCGUUGAAGUCCACCAAGGCUCAUAGGGCGCCGGGGCCGGACGGCUUACCAGCCUCUUAUAUACGUGCCUUCAGGGAUAUCCUCCUGCCCCACCUGGUACCAGGGCUAAACUCUCUGCGGGAAGGAGGUCGUUUCAUGAAGAUACUCUGAGGGCAACGGUCACGAUCCUCCCAAAGGAAGGCAAAAACCCCAUGGACUGUGCCAGGUACAGGCCAAUUUCAUUGCUAAAUGCGGACCUUUAAAUUGUUCGCUAAAGCAUUGGCACUUCGGAUGGCUAGGACACUGCCAGAACUCAUUCAUCCAGAUCAGGUCGGGUUUAUACCUGGACAGGAGGCCCGUGAUAAUACCAUACGGACCCACAACUCUAUCCACGUAGCUCAAACCAACAGGAAGGAGAUGGUGCUGCUUUCCACCGACGCCGAGAAGGCGUUCGAUAGAGUUGAUUGGACUUACAUGCUGGAGACCCUGAGGCACAUGGGAUUUGGACCUGGUCUGCGGUUGUGGGUGGCGGCGCUGUAUACCAAGCAGACUGCGCGCAUACGGGUUAAUGGAGCACUCACUGGCGCGUUCAAUAUUUGCAAUGGCACGCACCAGGGCGGCCCGCUGUCCCCCCUCCUCUUUGCCCUCACCCUGGAACCCUUCCUGGAGGCAGUCAGACGAGACGGGAGCAUAGUGGGGUGCCGGGUGGGGGGGGGAGCAUCGGGUGGCGGCAUACGCCGACGACAUGCUCUUCCUCCUAGAACAACCGAGAAUUUCAUUACCGAAUCUUCUAGAGGCUUUCCGACUUUACAGUGCAGUUUCCAACUUGAAACUCAACCUAGAUAAGUCAGAAUUGAUGCCACUUACACGAGAUCCAGCCCUCCGGAGACAUAUCCAGGCGCACUUCCCCUUCCGGAUUUGCUCGAACAAAUUGCGGUACCUAGGCAUCUGGUUACCGAGUGACCUAGCUCAAACCUACUCCAUUAACUUUGCCCCUCUACUCACAACCCUGCAACAAGACAUGAGGCGUUGGGCCCCUCAAUAUAUAUCUUGGUUUGGCCGUAUAAACGCCAUUAAAAUGAAUGUUAUGCCCCGAAUACUGUACCUGUUCCAGACGAUCCCGUUCAAUAUCCCACGGAAUUUCUUCCAAACACUGUCGACCUCCUUUAGGCAGUUCGUGUGGAACCAGAAACCCGUCCGCGCACGGCAAGCGAUUCUGGAACGUCCCAGAAGCGCGGGAGGCAUGGGACUACCUUCAAUCCUUACUUACUACUGGGCAUCACACCUGCACCGGCUAGUGGAUUGGCAUGUGGCCCCAAGCGGGAAACAGUGGGUAGACAUGGAAAAGCAACAGGCUGGGGGAGGUAAAAUCCCUGCCCAGCUGUGGCUGGGAGACGCCACAUUCCAGGAGCUGCAAACGGGUAACCCGUUGAUAGACGCUACAUUGAAGGUUUGGUGUAGCAUUCGAUAUUCCCAAAAAUUUACGUCAUCGCCGAAUCUGCUUACGCCCGUGACUCAUAACCCAAGACUAGCAGGGGGACUUUCCCCGGGAAAUUUGAAGAACUUUGGGGCCACGGAUUGGACCUACCUGCACCAGUGGUGCAAUGGACCAGCCCUUAAACCACUGGCCACUCUACUCCAAGACCGCGGACCAAGCGUCCUUGACAAAUUUCGCUACUACCAGCUCAAAACUUACGUAGCCUCGCUCGCUGGGAAGGCUCACCUUCACCGCCCACUGUCCCAGUUCGAACAACUCUGCUUAGCCAGACAGCAUCUUACCCACAGCAUAUCGCACCUAUACUCUACGCUGCAAAACAGUGGGGACCAGAGCCCCUUAGGCUUCACGGUACGGUGGGAAAGGGAAACAGGGGUCGAGCUAUCUGAAACAGAAUGGCAAAAAAUCUUCCAAUUGACGCACAAGGGGACCAUUAGCUCAAAGUUUCAGGAAUGCAAUAAUAAGAUAUUGUCGCAAUGGCAUAGAACCCCGGACAUCCUUCGUCACGUCCAGGAGUCCAUCUCUGGUGAGUGCUGGAGGUGUGGAGCCGCGGAUGGUACCGGGAUCCAUAUCUGGUGGUCGUGCACACGCAUUGAACCUUUCUGGCGAGAGCUACACCAAGUGAUUAAAGACUUUACUGGGACAGACAUCCCUUUCCAGCCGUUGCCGAUGUUGCUGAAUCACACGAGCACGCCAGUGACCACCUACAAAAGGGGCCUCGUUAUACACCUACUCACGGCAGCAAAAUCGCUCAUCCCCACGCUGUGGAGAAGCCCGGUAGCUCCUACCUUUCGCCAAUGGGUAGACAGAGUGGAAAUGAUCAACAACAUGGAAAUGAUGACUGCGUCUCUGCAGGGGCGCUCGGAUAAAUGUGCUCUUUUUCCACGCCCAACAGACUGACAGAUACCCGUAGUCCUGACCAGCAGGGGUGUUGCACUUCCCUAACCACACGGCUAUGACUAUUCCCUCCCUUCCCCCAUCCCGAUAUCCAGACGGACAACAAACUGGGGUGACUACACGGGAGUAGGCUCACAAGCUCAUCUAUCCACUAACCAGGCAUGCAGGACAUUUGGGAAACUAUGGGGGGACACAAGGUAAAGGCUGGCAUUAGGCCACGUAGGCACAGGGGGGCGAGGGGAUUGCGGGGCUCUCGAACCUCUUUAGGGUGGUUGGGAGGGGCACAUUAAUGAGGGGAUUCGGCCAGAGGGCAGUAGGCUAACAACGCUUCCCUGUGCACGGGGAGGUGAUCCUUUAGCACUCUCAGUUAAACGCUCUUGGUCCGAACUGGACCUAUCGGGUUAACCAAGUAAAAUGCCACCCGAUUUGAUCCCUAGAAGACUCUAGCCUAUAACGUUAGGGGACAGGUGGGGGUUCAGAUACGCCAGAGGGCACCCUGCAGCUAAUAUAUAUCUUGCACGAACCACUACACCAGUCUAGAGGUUCGGUGGAAACCACUAAGGAUUAGGGUUGGCCAUCGCUAAAUAUAGAUACGAACCCCCGCUUAACGAUGUAUAUGGGAUAGCUGCGCCUCCCACACCCCGCUUUUCGCAUAUAUCUCAUGAGUCCCUUUGAUGUAUUAGGAUUGCGGCCACUUUUGUUGCCAAGUAUCUUUGCUGUUAUAGUUACGGUUAUAUUUAUAUGUAAAGAUAAUUUCAACUGUCCCGCUGUACUAUCUGCCAACAGGGAAUUAAGUGUCCUAUCUUCAUUGCCUAUAUAAAGGUAGCCAAACAAGACUGAAUAUGUUCUUUGUACUCUGAGACUGCCUUAAUUGUAUUGUAUUAAAUAAAUGAAAAAUAAAGAAUGUCAAAAAAAUUUAAAAAACUCACUGCUUCCACUACACACAACCACACUGCAUCACCUACACAAACUGGUAUCCCUAUACACUACAUUCCAAAAACACACACACAUUAGAGCCUCUACAAUAACACAUAAAACAUCCCUUACACACUCCACUCCCUGUGAGCGAACUCAUGGUUGGAACAUGUAGGUGGUCUUAUGGGCAAACUCACCAUCAAGCCCUGGGGCCCAGAACUUGAGCUGUGUAAGGGGCCCCCCAAAAAAUGGAGCUGCUUCCCGUUCUCCCAGAACAUUUUUGAAUUUUGUGACCACAGUUACAAACCGCCUCCAGAGAUCCUGUUCUACACCAGACCAGUGGAGCCAAACUGCAGCCAGAGCCCAUAACCAUCCUCAUCUAGUUGUAAGUAGGUAAUCUAGUAUAUUAUUAGUGACACAGUUUCUUACAUUAAAGAGACACUAUAGAUCCCAGAACCACUGCAGCUUAAUGAAGUGGUUCUGGUGUCUAUAGCCUGUCCCUGCAAACAUAUUGGAAUGCAUUUUAAAAUGUUGACACAUAUGACAGAACAGAAAGAUAAUGCUGGGGGAGUGUUCCUGUAAAGUGUUGGUAGUGGGACAGGAAGCCCAAAUCAAUAUUUAGUCCUCUAUUCUUGCUGAUAAACAGUUUGAUCAUUCUGGCUUCAAAUGUUUUUCUUUCUUGGGUAUUUUAAAAACCCUCUUGAUAGGACUGUGUUCCUCUGUCCUAUCAUUAUAUUUUUCGUUUACAUAUGUUUCGUUACAUUUGUGUAUACAAAAAAUUUUUUUUUCGUUCCUGCUGUUUGGGACUUUUUAAGGGUUAACAUUCUCCCUCCGCCUUAUUGACGUCACUAAAUGGGCGGAUCGAUUUCUAUGACGCUUCUAUACUCACCAAUUAGAAGCUUUCUUUGGUAACCAAUCAGGAGCGAUGUGCUCCCUUUUUAAACUGAGUGUUCCACACCGACCGGUUCCCUUCUGACGAGCCUGGUCGGGUGAAACGCGCGCGUCAAGGGCAUUAACCAUGCUGUUUACCAUACUUAGCUGAUUUUCCUUUCGAGUUGCUCCUGCUAUAUACCAUACCAGGGGGGUUGGAUUUAGGUGCCCUCGAAGGCACGGGGAGGUUAUUUUUCGGAUAGUUUGUGUAUCCAGAAUUAUUAUUAUACUAAUUUAAGGUUUACUAAGGGCAUCAACUAUGCUGCUUACCAUACUUAGCUGAUUUUCCUUUCGAGUUUCUCCUGUUAUAUACCAUACCAGGGGGGUUGGAUUUAGGUGCCCUCGAAGGCACGGGGAGGUUAUUUUUGGAUAGUCUGUUUAUCCAGUAUUAUUAUCAUAUUAAUUUUAGAUUUACUAUCUAACCCUUCUCAUUCAUAGCAAACACCAUAGGGAACUUGACAGUGUCUCUAGCUUUCUCUUUUUUACACAGAAGCUUCACGGCCAGUUUGAUAUACAGUUAACUUUUAUGUAACUACAGUACCAAUUUGGUGGUUUGCUACUUUUUUCACCACCUAUGUGUAUACUAUUGAGCCUGCUAGUGUCACACUGUACAUCAAGAUACUGUCCACUUAGGCAGUUCGUUUGCUAUAAUUGUAGAUUAUACUAACUCAAGUUUUGCUACUCAGCCCUUUUCAUUCAUAGCAAACCCUAUAGGGAUUGUGACAGUGUCUCCAGCUUUCUAUUGUACACAUAAGCUUCACUGCAAGUUCAAUAUACAGUUAACUUUCAUGUAACUUCGGUCACAACUUUUACUGGUGGGUUGUGAUUUUUUCACCACCCAUGUGUAUUUAAUUGAGCUUGCUAGUGUUAUAUUGUACAUCAGGACACUGUCUACUUAGGUAGUUCGUUUGCUUUUACUGCAUAUAUUGGAUUUAUACCAUUUACAUUAUAGGGUCUAUCUUCCCCUUUUUUCCUCCCCCCCCCCCUCCAGUUCUCAGUAUAUCAUUAUUUUGGCUAAGCACAGACGUGUGCUUCAACUGAGAAUUAUUAGAGGUGCAACUUUAGGAUUUAUUUUUUUAUCUCUUGGUUAUCAUACCAUGUUUUUCAUUUAAUUAUUUAUUAUUUACUUCAGGUGUUACUUUAUCACUUUAUUUUUUGUGUUACACUUUGGGUGAUUGCCAAGUUUUCUGGCAAUUUUUAAAUAUUGAUAUUUGUUUCAAUAAAUUAUUUUUUGUUUUCAUCUUUCUCUAGCCUCAUACUGGUAUUAUCAUCCUCAGUACUUUAAAACGUGCUCCCAAUACCUCCACACUGGUAUACUACGCUCCUACUUCCUUUUUUCCAAUUAAAAAAAGGUAUAAUUGCAUACUGCAAUACUCUGGUAUUUUGUGUGUGUGUGUGUGUGUGUAUAUGAACGAGCGUUCUGUAUCUCGUAAGAGAUACUGGCGCACGCAUAAUUACGGCUAAGUAGAACACUCGAACACUAAGUAGUAUUGCCUGUAACUCCCAGACCGGGAGCUGGAUGCCACCCACCCACGGAGCUUUCAAAAAUCACUGUAACUGGACACAAUGAUGUAUUCCAACGCCACAAUUCUGUUACACCAUAUCUCACAGUUUCUUAGUGCACCAAAGUGCCGACAACUUGUAUAGCUAUUAAACCACAUGUGGAUCUGUUUGUCAUCAUAAUAUAUCAUAGUGCAGGAAAUUUAGUAAAGUGCUAUGUGCAUGUAACAAAUAUCAUAAAGUGCUGUCAAAAAGAUCUAGUAUGAUCUUUAUUCAAAAUUUAAAGUGAUAGUGCUUACAGAAAAUAUUCUCAAAAGGAUCGGUUAUGGUCUAUAUUUCACAUUUAAAGUGAACAGUAAUGCUUUGUUGAACCAAAGGAAUACCACUGAUGGCAUAAUCCUAACUCUGCCCUUCUAGUGCAGGACCACAGGUCCUUAAUACAAGAAUUAAAGUAUCUAAAGUGACAGUGUCAUAAUACAUUGUGUGUGAAUUACCUGGCAGUGCUGAUUUUUUUUUUUUUUUUUAUAUAUCUCAAAAAAAUGCAAACAGCCCCUGCACUCCGACAAGAACAAAAUAUCAAUACCUGGUGCUCUGGUGGCUCAAUCAUAGAUAAAGAAAAGUACCGGCACUCAAGGAUUUUCCGAAAGAUACAUCUCCAUAUAUUGUGGAAGGUUAAUCGAUUUAACCUACCACAAUAAAUGGAGAUGUAUCUUUUGGAAAAUCCUUGAGUGCCGGUACUUUUUUUAAUAUGUAUGUGUGUAUAUAUAUUCACUCAGUGGCCACUUUAUGAGGUAUAACUUUUUAUUACAGAUUAUGGUUCAUGUUGAUAGGGAUAGCGUCAUGCAGUCACCGCACAUUUGUUGGCUGCCCAUUAGUGUUGCAAAUCACAUGUUCAACCAAAUCUCCAAUGCACUCUAUUGGAUUGAGAUGGAGAAUGUAGAGGCCAGUGGAUUACACUAAACCCAUUGUCAUAUUUGUUGAACCACAUUGAAAUGCCAUUCUUUGUGACAUCGAGCAUUAUUCUGCUGUUUUUAGACUGUGGUCAUAAAAGGAUGUACAUGUCAGCAGUAAUAUUCUGGUAACUGUAGCAUUUAAAUAAGAAUAGAAGAAAAUAUUCACUGCAGCCUUCCAAUACUAACAACAGCCCAAACCAUUAACACAAACAGGAUAGACCCACAACUUCAUAUUUUAUGUAGAAUUCUAUGUUGCAUCAGAAUUGUCAUACCUUCCCGGAAUCUGUUACCAAAAUCGAUAGAAUCAUCAUAGGCCACAUCCCAAUUGCUGCUACCUUGUGUUUACAACAAUUUUGGAAAUCGGCUAAUACUCCAACACUUAGAGAAGUUUUGAAUCUGGUUUUAGAAAAUAAAAUGCACAAAAUGUCAUAUAGACAAAGCUCAAACUUAUUUAUGAAACUUCAACAUUGUUGGGAUAAAUGGGAAAACUGCAUUAAAAUAACCCAUCCUUUAUAAUCUAAACUUACUGUCAUGAUUAUGUGAUGUACAACAAAAUAUCAAUGUAAUAGUAUGUUUGUUUAUACUUUUCGUCAUAUUAUGGAUGGAUAUCCCUCCCUUUUUCCAGGUUCCCCUUCCCUUCCCUCCCCUGAAUAGUAUGUUUUGCUAUUCAUUCAUUAGUUUGUUUUAAAAACCUUUUUAAACUUAACCAAACCAGAUUUCUUCUGAGUUCUGGUGCUGGAAUAACUGAUUUCCUUUACCAUGUCUUUAGUACUUUUUAUGAAGUGAUUUUAAUCCAAGCUCUAUUUGUGUGGUUUAUGAUGCAACUUCCUUUGCCAUUGUAACUAUGUAAACAGCGUUUUAAUCAUGAUGGUUAUAGGCUAACAAGUUCCUUUUUUUCCCCCCUUUUUUUCAGAUCAUGUAUAUAAAGAAGAGGAAGAGGUAUUUGUAAUGAAGCAACUAUAGGGCUCCUUUAACUUCUGCAUAUUUAUACAUAUCUUUUACUUUUUUUAUAGACUAAGGAAUUCAUAAGGAGUGUGCACGUGCACACCCAAAUAUUCAAGGAUAAUGCUUAGCAAGUUAAAAUUGUAUGCUUUCAUAAUGCCUUAUCUCUCAAAUUAGUGGACACAAAAUACUUUUUUUGUGUGUUUACUUAAUAAAUUCCUAUAGACAUUUACUAAGAGGACAUUUCCUCUUAUAUUUUCUCCUGCACAGAAGUCACAGUAAUUACCUUUUUUUUUUUUUUUUUGCAGAGUGGAUCGAUUAAGGCAUCAUCUUCUACCUUUAUAUACCUAUGAUCCUGCAGAAGAGAUACAUGAGGCUGAACAAGAAUUACUAGGACAAGAGACUAAGGUGUGUUGGAUCCCUGUCUUUCAUGUGGUCAUAAAGACCUAAAAGGAACACUCUUAACACCAAAACAACUUUUGCUUAUUGAAGCAAAUAAGCAAAUUUGAUGUAUAGAUCAUCCUCAUGCAGUCUCACUGUUAAAGGACCACUCUAGGCACCCAGACCACUUCAGCUUAAUGAAGUGGUCUGGGUGCCAUGUCCAGAUAGGAUUAACCCAUUUUUUUUAUAAAUGGGUUAAUCCAGCCUCCAAAUCCUCUAGUGGCUGUCUCAUUGACAGCCGCUAGAGGCGCUUGCGUGAUUCUCACUGUGAAAAUCACAGUGAGAACAUAAAAGCGUCCAUAGGAAAGCAUUAUAAAUGCUUUCCUAUGAGACCGGCUGAAUGCGCGCACAGUUCUUGCCGCGCAUGCGCAUUCUGACGAAAGGGAGGAUCGGAGACGGAGAGCAGGAGGAGGAGAGCUUCCCGCCCGGCGCUGGAAAAAAGGUAAGUUUUAACCCUUUCCUCUCCUCCCCAGCGCUCUACAAUAGGAAACAAGACAAAUAUUUAUUCUAACAAAACAUGUAUGACAUACGGGAACAGGAGGUGAAGAGUGCCUUGCCCAAAAAAGCUCCCAAUCUAAAGAUGGCUCCCUAUGGCUUAGACUUUCACAGCCUCCAUGGAACAAAUGGUUUCAUUUUCACUCCGAACUUACAGCACAUUGUGUUUGUUUUUAAACAAUAAUGUCAAACUUGCGGCCCGUGGGCCGAAUGUGGCUCACAAUGGAUAUAUUUGUGGCCCACCGGCCCUGGGGCCACUUUGUUUUUGGCUGCGACCAGCCGCAAGACAGGAAAGAUAUUUCCUGUCUGAUUCUUGUCUUGCCUCAUACGGCUGAUCGCAUGCUCCCACAGACCACUCCCCCUUCCCUCCUGCUAGCAGUGCUAGAGGAGUGUCUAGCCUACUUGAGCAAAGAGAAGCAGGGCUGGAACUGGAGGACGGGCAGUUUAUCUUAAGGUCCUGACGUGUUAUAAAAUAAAAUAAAACUAUUUUAUUUACUCUUUAAAAUAUAUGUAAAAACAGUAUAAUAAUCAAUAACACUAAUGCGUUUCACCUUCAACAAGGCUUUCUCAAAAAAAAAAAAAAAUACAACUCUCUCAAAUCACCCUUUAUAAUCUUUUCCACUUUUGCCUUUCUCUUAUUUUGACUACAUGCCGUACUUUUCUAAAUGCACCAAUCUUUCUACAGGUAGUACAUGGCUGGACAAGUGGUUAUCACCAGUACAAACGGGCAUCGUUGCGUGAUGUGACAGCCUGACGUCUGCCACGCUGAAAAGUUUUGGACAUUGUUUUGAGAGUAAUGCAUAGAGAACUGCUCCAUUAAUAGCUUCCCUAGCACUGAAUUGAAGGGCAGCAUUUGGUUUAUAACUAUUUUAAGUGCAAAUGUAUUAUUAUUAAUAUUAUUUAAAUCUAAUGUCUACAUACAGGUAUGUACACGUAUACCUGGGUUUAUAUUUGUACAUAUAAAGAUGGGGCUAUCUGGAAAUGUAUGUAUAAUCAUAGCGAUAAGUUAAAAUACUUGCUCAAAAAUAGACAAAACUAAAGCUCAUUCAGGAAUGAAUAGCUGUCUAUAGUCAGUACAUAUGAUGCUGAGUACGCUGCCAAUCUCGGUUUACCUGCUGCCUAUUGAUUAAUUUUUUGUAAUUAGGAAGAAACCCAAGUUAUUUUAUAAAUAAUAUGUCUGAUUUGAAUGGUGUGUGCAAUUGUUUUGUUCUUGCUGAGGAGAGUACGUAUCCCAUUUGUUUUGCAAAUCACAUUUGGGAAUGAUGGGACUCUUGCAUGGAUCUAUAUAUAGAUGUGUCAAAAUGUAAUGUAGAAAAUACUAACCUGUUUGUUCUAGGUUUAAGUUGAGAGAGAUUUGUUUAAGUGAGUAUUACAUUUUAGACUAUAGUCAAAGGUUUGCAAUAAAGGUUAAUAUUUAACCGUUGUAACUUUAAGAAAUGUCUGCUGAUUAAGGGUUGAUUCCAAGUAAAUAAUGGUUAUAUACAAGAAUGCUUUGAAUUCCAUACACAUCAAGUAAAACACCAACCACAAAGGGAUAUGUUUAGUUAUAAUUUUUCUGACAUGUUAAAACUAACAUUUUCCAGUAUAUUUUUAUGAAUCCAAUGUUAGCUAGACUUAGUUUGAAGUUGGCCAUAUUCAUAAAUUCUCAGUUGUGUUUUACAUUUAGUAAAAAUGCCAUAGUAGUCUGAAAACUAUAAUAUUUAAUUCACUGGGAUCUCAAGAGACCAGUUUUGCGGUUGUGCCUUCAGAUGUGCAUGGUUUUUGUUGCUACAAUAGACUGUGACAUGCAUGCAGUGCCCUGUUGAUUUGUAUGGCAAAUGUUCUUUAAUUUGGAAGCAUCAAUUGUCUUUUUGUUCUUUGUCAUGCACCUGGUACUUCAUAGACAGAUGUACAGGUGAGGUGAAAAUAUAUGGCAUAGAAAAAUGUCUUUAAAUUUACACUAUUUUAUGAGUGUUAAAUUUUUCAGUUCAGUGGAUGAUUCAUUUCACGUAAUUAACAUUAUGUCACUAACGAUCAUUGUUUUCAAAUUUGUUGAACCACUAUCAUACUAGUUCUACAAUCAGUGACUGUGUGAAAAUCACCAGGAGCUUUAAAUAACUCCCUCCCCUUAAAAUAAAAAUUAAUUAUUAAAGUAUUAUUAUAAUAUUACUAUUUUGAAUUCUCAGAAACAAUUUGACAAUAUGUAUGUCACACCAAAUCUGUGAACAGCAGUUACAAUGUUUACUGAAAUGCAUAAUUUAAUUGUGGAAAUUAUCCCUGAUCCAUUGACUUUAAGUUGAUCACAGCAACAAUUUUUUUUAUUUUUUUUCGUCAUCUAGUUGCGACAAAGGCUUUGGGUUGUUAAUUGUAAGUAAUGAGGAGAUUUCCUCACUGCCAGCAAAGUUAAUAAGGAAACAAACAACUUUUUACAUUUACAUACUGAUACAUCUAGGCGUUUGUACAAAAAAUCUGGAGAUUUUCUGGGACAUUUUUAACUUCUUCACAUCUACAGGUGGAACCUGAAAUCUGGUUUUAAGUGUCAAUGGAAAAACUUCAAUCCACAACCCCAACAAUUUGUUCAUUUAAAAACCAAACCAAAAAAAGUGUCCCCUGGAUAGGCACUUUUCCUCUUUAUUCUUAAACUCAUUGUGCAUGGCUAACUUAGGACUCCUUUACAUCCAUGUUCCUACUUUUAAGGGACUAGUCACUAUUCAUUACUUUGCUUGUAACUUCUGUUAAUGAGUAGUUGCUGUUUCCCUGCUGAAAAACGGCACAAGUAGCAACAGGUAGAUUCUGGCUGCAUCUACUGAAAGCCAUUUGCCAAGUAGCAACUAGUGGCUACCAGUAAUGGUAGUGACUAGUUCUUAUUGUUGUACAACUUUGUCGCUACUCGUUACUGGCUGGUAUAAAGAUAUUAACCGCUAAAUCCCAUUGAAACAAAAACUUAUUUUUAACCCAUCACUAAGUUUUACUGGCCAGCUGCUACCUGGUUGUCACUACUGGUCACACAGGGUGAAGUGCACAUUCUCAGGUGUGUUUCUGUGCUAUACCAGCAAGCCACUAAUAUGUGAGUUAUUUGCUAUAUGAGAAAUUCGCUACAAAAAUAUAUCGACGUGGUUAAUUUUAGACUCUAAAAGCUACUGGCUGUUAAUAAUGUCGUACAGAAAGCUUGCAGAAUCUAUUUACCGAAAGAUUGUAAACGAACCCUUAGAUUUCUUUAUUCUCUUGCUUCUUUUCUCACCAGUCACUUUUAUUGCUCCCUCUUUUUGCCUUUUUCCCCUUUGCCCUCCCUUAUCCCUCUAUCGAGUCUAUUUAAUCUCACUUUUAUUCCUUACCCUUACUCUUCUCAGGAGGUUAUCUUCUUCAGGACCCUCUCUUUCAUUUAAUUUCAAUAGGUGUCUUCUACACUAGGUGGAAGUGCUGCACCAUGACCUUUGCAGUUACCAAUUCUAUUAUGGUUUAAGUGUUUGCUGUAAGGACUUUGCUCUUACAUUUGGGUGAAGGUUCUUUUCCCCUCCUCAUUGUGUGUUUGUCAUAUUGUAUAUUGAUGUUCUCAUGUUUAAUUUAAAGAAAACUCCAUAAACUUCAAUUGCAAAAUAAAACAAAAAAGGUGAAUGAAAACGCCAA